UAAACCAUUUCUCGUUUUUCCCUCCCUCCCUCUCCUCUCUCACUUUCUCUCUCUAAAAUAUACUGAGAAAAACGGCAGCUGAAACCAUCAAGGAGGCGGCCUUUUUUGGCCUCACGUUUCAUUUUCUCUGUAACCAAACAGAGAUGUUGUUUCUUUAUUCUCGCGCUGAAUAGUUUUUUGUUUGCAGGGAUUUGAAGUGGGGACAUUGCAUUUGCUCCCAGUUAACGUUUGAGAGAUGGAGGAAGCUGAGUUCUCAAAUAUUCCUGAUGGAGAGAUCAUUGGUAUCAAAUUUAGUUUGGCAAGUCACCAGGAAAUUUGUACAGCAUCUGUUAGUGGGUCCUCUAUUACCCAUGCUAGUCAGCUUUCUAAUCCCUACCUCGGCCUUCCACUCGAAUUCGGAAGAUGCGAAUCGUGUGGCACUUCUGAAGCUGGAAAUUGCGAAGGUCAUUUUGGAUAUAUCGAGUUACCAAUAGCAAUAUAUCAUCCCAGCCAUGUUAGCGAAUUGAAGCGCAUGUUGAGCUUGUUGUGCUUGAAGUGCUUAAAAGUGAAAAAGAACAAGUCUCCUGUCAAGAAUGUUGGUAUUGCUGAGCAGUUACUAGGUUCAUGUUGUCAGGAGGCCUCACAAGUUUCAGUCAGAGACAUAAAUAAAGAUGGAUAUUGGUACUUGCAAUUGAAGGUUCCAUCUAAGAAAGGAGUUCCAGAUGGGUUUUGGAAAUUUUUAGAAAGAUAUGGUUAUCGAUAUGGGGGUUCUCUUACUGAGGAUCUUCCAAAACGUACUUUGCUUCCUGACGAGGUACUGGAAAUGCUCAAGAGACUUCCUGAUGAAACAAGAAAGAAGCUUGUGAGCAAAGGUUUUUUCCCUCAAUUUGGUUAUAUCCUCAAGUAUUUACCUGUUCCACCAAACUGUUUGUCAGUACCGGAAAUUUCUGAUGGCAUCACCAUAAUGUCAACGGAUCCUUCAAUGGUGAUGCUAAAAAAGGUUCUAAAACAAGUGGAAAUUAUCAAAAGUUCAAGGACUUCACCAAACUUUGAAUCUACUGAAGUUGAAGCCAAUGAGUUGCAGUUAGCAGUUGAUCAGUAUCUUCAAGCUCGGGGUACUGUGAAGGCGUCUCGUGGUAUUGAUGAGCGAUUUGGAGUCAACAAAGAAGCCAAGACAUCUUCAACUAAAGUAUGGCUGGAAAAGAUGAGGACUUUGUUUAUCAGAAAGGGUUCAGGCUUCUCCUCUAGGACAGUAAUUACUGGUGAUGCUUAUAAAGGGGUCAACGAGGUUGGCAUCCCUUAUGAUAUUGCCAAAGGAAUAACUUUCGAAGAGAAGGUUAAUAUUCACAACAUUAGUUAUUUACAGGAUCUUGUAGAUAAUAACUUGUGCUUAACCUAUAUGGAUGGUUCAUCUAGAUAUUCCUUGAGGGAGGGAUCUAAGGGACAUACUUUUCUAAGAGCUGGUCAGGUUGUACAUAGAAGGAUAAUGGAUGGGGAUAUAGUUUUCAUCAAUCGGCCUCCUACAACACAUAAGCACUCACUACAAGCACUUAAAGUAUAUGUUCAUGAUGAUCAUAUAGUAAAGAUAAAUCCUCUUAUAUGUGGACCCUUGAGUGCUGAUUUUGAUGGUGAUUGUAUUCACUUGUUCUAUCCUCAGUCUCUUGCAGCAAGAGCAGAAGUUGUGGAGCUCUUUUCAUUAGAGAAGCAGCUUCUUAGCUCACAUAGUGGCAACCUUAUCUUGCAGUUGGCGAGUGACUCAUUGUUGUCAUUAAAGAUGUUGUUUAAGACAUAUUUUAUGGAUAAAGUAGCAGCACAACAAUUGGCCAUGUUUUCUUCAUCUUCUUUGCCACAACCUGCUUUUUGGAAGAAGGCUCCUUUCUUGGACCCGCAUUGGACUGCAUCGCAGGUGCUACAAACUGCUUUACCUGCUUCAUUUGAUUGCUCGGGGGAGAGAUUCUUAGUUAAAGGAAGUGACAUACUAAUCUUGGAUUUCAACAGAGAUAUCAUCUCUUCAGACAUCGGUGAAAUUGUGACUUCUAUUUUCUUUCAGAAAGGUUCUGAAGAGGUUCUAAAGUUCUUCAAUUUUGUACAGCCUUUGCUGAUGGAGAACAUUUUUGGACACGGUUUCAGUGUGGGGUUGGAAGAUUUUUCCAUAUCUCUGGAGGCCAUUACAAAUAUCCAGAAGGAUAUUCAGGAUAUAUCUCCUCUGCUAUUCCACCUUAGAUCAACAUAUAAUGAGCUGGUGGAGUUACAUUUGGAGAAUGAAAUUCGAUCUAUCAAAGCUUCGGUGACAAAUUUUAUUCUGAAAUCAUCCAGUUUGGGAAAUUUGAUUGACGCUAAGAGUGAUUCUGCAAUUACCAAAGCAGUUCAACAAAUUGGGUUCCUAGGUGUGCAAAUGUCUGACAGGGGAAAGUUCUACUCCAAGACUUUGUUCGAGGAUGUUUCCUCUCUAUAUAAUAGAAUAUAUCCUGAAAACGUUGAUUACCCGUCUGCAGAAUUUGGCCUUAUUAGAAGCUGUUUUUUCUAUGGUUUAGAUCCGUAUGAAGAGAUUGUCCAUUCAAUAUCUACUAGAGAAGUACUUGUUCGGUCAUCGAGAGGAUUAACAGAACCGGGAACUUUGUUUAAGAAUUUAAUGGCUAUUCUUCGAGAUGUUGUCAUCUGUUAUGAUGGCACAGUGAGGAAUGUUUGUAAUAACUCAAUCAUUCAAUUUGAAUAUGGAACAAAGGCUCAAAAUUUAUAUCCUGCUGGUGAACCUGUUGGUGUGUUAGCGGCAACUGCAAUGUCAAAUCCUGCAUAUAAGGCAGUUCUUGAUUCCACUCCAAGUAGCAAUUCCUCAUGGGAGAUGAUGAAGGAAAUACUGCUGUGUAAGGUCCUUUUUAGAAAUGAACCUACUGAUCGCCGUGUACUCUUGUAUUUGAAUGACUGUUAUUGCGGGAGAAAUUACUGCCAAGAAAAUGCUGCUUAUUUGGUGAAGAAUCAACUGGGAAAAGUCAGCCUUAAAGAUACUGCAGUGGAGUUCAUGAUUGAAUAUAGGAGCCAGGCUUAUCCCUCUGGUGGGUUUGAAAUGAAUGCAGGUCUAGUUGGCCAUGUUCAUCUCAAUGAGAUGAUGUUGAAAAAGAUGAACAUUGGUGUCAAUGAAAUACUUGAAAAAUGCCAAGAUAAUAUUAAUUCUUUUCGGAGGAAGAAAGUUCGUAAACAUUUAAAGACAGCAUUAUUAUCUGUCAGUGAAUGUUGCUCUUUCCAUAAGUCUUCAGUUGAAACGUCUCAAGUCCCGUGCUUAUUAAUUUCCUUAAAGGAAGAUAUGAGUCUUAGUCUAGAGGAAUCUUCACAGAUUCUUGCUGACUCUAUUUGUCCAUUUCUUUUGGAAACAGUUAUCAAAGGUGACUCACGGAUUUGCUCAGCGAAUAUAACCUGGAUUAGUCCUGAUGCAACAACUUGGAUAAGACAUCCGCGAAAUUCUCGGAGAAGGGGUGAAUUGGCUCUGGAUGUUGUUUUGGAGAAGUCAGCAGUCAAGCAAAGUGGUGAUGCAUGGAGGAUAGUCCUUGACUCAUGCCUCCCUGUACUCCAUUUGAUAGAUACCAAGCGAUCCAUCCCAUAUGGAAUUAAACAAAUCCAGAAAUUGCUGGGAAUUUCUUGUGCUUUUGAUCAAGCAGUUCAGCGCCUUUCGACAUCAGUAUCAAAGGUGAGUAAGGGUGUUCUCAAGGAGCAUCUCAUCCUCUUGGCUAACAGUAUGACAUGUCCUGGAAAUUUGAUUGGCUUCAAUUCUGGUGGCUACAAGGCACUGUCUCGAUCAUUGAAUAUCCAAGUCCCAUUUACUGAAGCUACACUAACCACACCAAAAAGAUGCUUUGAGCGUGCUGCUGAAAAAUGUCAUACUGAUUCGUUGACAAGCAUUGUUGCAUCAUGUUCGUGGGCAAAGCAUGUUGCUGUUGGGACUGGCUCAAGGUUUGAUAUCCUCUGGGACACAAGAGAGAUGGGAUUUAAUCAAGAGGAGACAAAAAAUGUAUACGACUUUCUUGAUGUUGUGGGUGCUGCAUGUGGUAAAGAAUCUACUACUGCGUGUCUCGGUGAAGAAAUUGAGGAGAUUAUACUCGAAGAUGAUGCUGAAGUUUGUGCAUCUCCUGAGCUUGAUGCCAACUCUGACAAGCCAUUCUUUGAAGAUGUUGAGGAAUUUCGAGAUAUUCCAGACAACAAUUUACUUGAUGAUUCUGAUGAUUGGGGUUUCAAAUCUACUCAGGAAACCAAUGGAGGAUGGGACAAGGUUUCAUCUGGUAAAGAAGAUGGCUCCAAUAGUGGGUGGAAUUCCAAGUCAUCUGGAAAGAAUGCUGCAACAGAAUCCGCAUGGGGUGCCAGCAAUUCAGCCUGGGACAAUGUUUCAUCAAUUCCAGUGAGGGACGAAACUGCUUCAGAAGAUGACCACUCCAAUAGUGGGUGGAAUUCCAAGUCAUCUGGAAAGAAUGCUGCAACAGAAUCCGCAUGGGGUGCCAGCAAUUCAGCCUGGGACAAUGUUUCAUCAAUUCCAGUGAGGGACGAAACUGCUUCAGAAGAUGACCACUCCAAAUCUAGUGGGUGGGGUGCAAAGUCUUCUGGAAUGAAAACAGCAGAAUCUGCAUGGGGAACCAAUACAACUAGAGUUGAAGUUGGUUCAGAAGACCAUCGCUCUAAAUCUAGUGGAUGGAAUGAUGCCAGGUCUUCUGGAAUGAAGACAACGGAAAAAGCUGGGUCUGGAUGGAACAAAGAAAAAUUUGAGAAUGAAGAUGUCCCAGCCGAAUCUAGUGGAUGGAAUGAUAGCGGGUCAUCUGGAAUGAAGACAACGGAAAAAGCUUGGUCUGGAUGGAACAAAGAAAAAUCUGAGAAUGAAGAUGUCCCAGUCGAAUCUAGUGGCUGGAAUGCUAACUCUCUUGGAACGAAUACAACAAUGAAAUCUGCGUGGGGAAUCGAUAAAGCAAAGGUUGAAGUUGUGCCAGAAGAUGACCAAUCUGGAUGGAAUGCUUGGUCUUCUGGGACAAAGACAACAGAAAAUGCUUGGUCAGGAGGGAACGAACAAAAAUUUGAGAGUGAAGAUACCCCUUCUACAAAACCCAAUGACAGCGGUUGGGAUUCUUCACCAGCAGAACUUCCUGUUAAUAACGAAUGGGGGAAGCAGAUAUCUACAGAAACUUCUCAGGGCAUGGAGUUUAAUCAAUCAGCAAGUUCAGAUGCUUGGCUGUCACCGAGGGUUGGAGGAGGCAGUGGUGAAAAACAACCUAAUCAAUGGGGAAAGCAAGGCGGGGAAUCAUUCAAGAAAAGCGGCUCUGGGGGUUGGGGUUCAGAUGAAGGAUGGAAGAUUAAGAAGAAUCGUCCUAGUAAAUUACCCUGGGGUAAUGAAAAUUCUAGCUCGACUGGGCUAUAUACUGCAACGAGACAACGACUAGAUCUUUUCACAUCUGAGGAACAAGAUGCCCUCUCCCUUGUGGAACCAAUCAUGCAUUCCAUUAGAAGAAUCAUGCAUAAGCUCGGGUACAAUGAUGGAGAGCCAUUGCCACCCGAAGAUCAGGCAUAUAUAAUCGACAAUGUCUUUAGUCAUCACCCAGAUAAAGACACCAAAAUGGGUUGCGGGAUUGAUUAUGUCAUGGUCAACAAGCAUAGCAGUUUCCAGGACACCAGGUGCUUUUAUACUGUCUUAACUGAUGGACAUAAAGAAGAUUUUUCCUACCGGAAAUGCCUUGAAAACUUAGUCAAGUGCAAGUAUCCGGACAUCGCAGAAGCUUUCAUUGGAAAGUAUUUUCGAAAAUCUGGAGGGAACCGGGAGCGGCACUCCACCCCUGAACAGCACUCUACCCCAGAACAGUUUUCUACCCCGGAACAGAACUCUGCCUCAGAACUGUUUUCUACCCCGGAGCAGAACCCUACCCAAGAACUACAGCAAGAUGAGGUUGAGAAGGCACAGUAGGCGCCGCCAAAAGCUCCCUAUUUUUUGGUUUUUUCUAAUGUCUUGAGGAUGUUCUUUCACUCUCUUCAGUUUGUAAAUACACCAGAUAUUUUGCUGUCUGCUUUUUUGAGCUGUAUAUAGUGGCAGACGGCUGUGUAAUUAUCAGCUCCGGUUUACUGUUUUUCUUUGGGGUUUACUGUUUUUCUUAAACCCUGAAUCUGGAGAGAAGAAGCUUAGGCUCUCUUCUGCUGUUUAAUUGGAACUUGAACCCAGUAAAUUAGUAGGGAAAAGAAGAAGAGAGAAUAGAAUGAUUUUUUUUUCUGAGCAUCCCAUUAAUUGUUUAAUUUGUCAUACAAGUGACAAAAUGUGUAUUUGCUGCUAGGUUUAAGUGAUGACGUUUGGAACAACUUCUGAAGCUUGAUGAUCUUUGGGUUCUUGUAUGUUAUUUAUCUGUGACUGGACUGGAGUGAGGAGUUUGUUGCCCUUGUUCUCUCAAUUUUCAUGAUAUAUGUAUAGCUUGUAUGUA